AUGUGGAUUCACAUUGGUUUGUCCGUGGAAAUUGAAGAACUUCAAGACAAGCUUUAUCUAAGGAAUACCAUCACUGAGAUGAGUUCUAUGGUGUCAAUAGGAAUUUUCUCAUCCAGAAGAGCAGAGGCAAAAUUACAGCACAUAAUUGCCAAAGACAAGAUGAGAACAUUACCAAAAAAGGAAGGUGGGGAACAUAAGCAGCGGGAGCAGCCUGGAGAUACAGAGUCCGCCGGCGAGUCCGUGGACCAGUACGUGCCGCGAAAGUACUUGGCCAGCAAACGCAUCAUCGGUGCCAAGGACCACACGUCCAUCCAGAUGAACGUGGCCGAGGUGGACGAGGUCACCGGCAGGUUUAGUGGCCAGUUCAAGACCUACGCCAUCUGCGGGGCCAUUCGCAGGAUGGGGAAAUGCAAUGACUCCAUUCUCUGGCUGGCCAGGGCGGACUGCAUCGUCUCUAAGAACUUCUGA